AUGGUUCAAGAUAAACGAUGCCAGUAUUGCUUCAGGCUCACGCCGCCUUCAGAGGUUACACGAGUUCCAAUCAAACCGGAAGAACGCUAGAGUUGGAUAAACGUGCUAGGGGCUGAAUUUGCUAAAAAUAUAGAGGGUAAAAAAGCUGUGUACAUCUGUCGUUUUCAUCUACACGACGUCGAGUUUUCGGGAAUUGAUUCAAAAUUGACUCGAAGAAAGGCUCGAACAACACCUGAAAAGAAGGAAUCUGAAAGUGUCAGUCCAGGAAUCUGGAAGUGUCAGUACACACAUGGCUCAGAUUUUCAAAACUCUAGGAAAAGAUUACUCGAUGAGACAACUGAUGACACAAAUCAAAAAAAUUCCACCGAAAUCAGUAGUGAUGAAAUGGACUUCAUGUCACGUAGAGAAGAACUAGAUGACUGGACAGAAGACGCUGAAGCCUUUGGAUUAGAAGAAUCAGAAGAAUUCCAUGAUUUCGAAAGUGAAUCCAAUUCUCCGGAGAAUGAAUAUGGGUCUGGUGAUGACUAUAGUCCAGGAGAGAACGAUGAAGAAGACACGGACUGCGAAAUCGAUGAAGAAAAAACGUAUAGCUACGUUUUAGUCGAUUUUACGCAACUUCUAGAAUUACUUCUACAAUGCAGAUAUUGCUCAAGCAAAAAUGUCUGUUCUCAGAAAAUUGACACAUAUGGUGCAUCGAUUUCGGUUUCGUUAGAAUGCUAUGAUUGCCGUAGAGAUUGGACGUGGUCGUCUUCUAAGAAAAUUCAAAACUUGAAAGAGUGCCAAGUAAAUCGAGAUAUUUCGACAACUUGUGCCAUGAUUGGAGCUUCUUACAGUAAAGUGUUUGAUUUUUUCCAUUGGCUUGGUGCUCCGGCUCUGCGAGAAACCGGUCAUUACAAAAUAAUCAAAGCUCACGUCGAGCCAGAGGUGAACAAAAUUUACGAUGAAAUGCAACAAGAAAUAACGGAAAUUGUAUUAUGUGAAAGUCUUAAGAAUGGUGGACUUCAUCUAGCUGGUGACGCUAUGUACGAUUCUCGGGGAUUUACUGCGAAAUACUGUAGAUAUGCACUCCUAUGUGUUUACACCAAUUUUGUUGUGGAGGUUGAGCUAAUGAGAAAAGUGAACCAUUCAGAUUCGUCGAAAGCUAUGGAGCCGAAAUCUCUGGAAAUAGCGUUGAGAAGAUUCAAUAAAACAGUGGAAGAUGAUAAUAGAGGGGUGGCCAUUAACUCGAUUACGACUGACCGUGAUUCAACAGUUUGCAAAUUGAUUUCAGAAAAGUUCCAAAACAUUGACCAAUAUUUCGACGGUUGGCACUUUGUGAAAAAUUUGCAGACUACGUUUCGACAGAAAGCGAAUCAGAAGCAGAUGGAGCCAGUAAGAGAAUGGCUACGCCCGCUGCUCAAUCACUUGUAUUAUUCUUUUGAAUCAUCGAAAGGAGACGGAGAUCUGGCUACUGAAAAACUGCAUUCUUUUUUUCUGCAUUGCCAAGGAAUUCACAGAGGAUUUAAAGUCUAGGA